UUUGAAGUUUAAUAACUGGAUCAUAGACUGUAUACAUGCUACCUUCCAAUAAAUAGACCAAGUUGUGUGGCAAGUCGUACAGUUCGACAGUCUUUGCAGGUCUAUUCGUCCACCACCACACCGCUCCUCCACCUUAAAAUAAUGGCAGCAUCUCAGAAAUGUCUUGGAAAAGGAAGCCCUGCUCCUAGCCCUGUGCCAAAGGACCAUAUACGGCUUUACAGCAUGAGAUUCUGCCCUUUUGCCCAACGGACAAGAUUGGUGCUCAAUGCCAAGAGAAUUAAACACGACAUUGUCAACAUCAAUUUGAAGAAUAAGCCUGAUUGGUUUUUGGAGAAAAAUCCUCUUGGUUUAGUGCCAACGCUGGAGACCCCGAGUGGUCAGGUGAUAUACGAGUCACCAAUCACCUGCGAAUACCUGGAUGAGGUCUAUCCUGAGAAAAAACUGCUCCCAUCUGACCCGUUUGAGAGAGCCCAACAGAAAAUGCUGUUGGAGCAUUUCUCAAAGGUGACUCCCUACUUCUAUAAGAUCCCUGUUGGCAAGACAAAAGGAGAAGAUGUGUCUGCAUUUGAAGCAGAACUUAAAGAGAAACUCGCCCAAUUUAAUGAGACCCUUGUCAACAAGAAGACCAAGUUUUUUGGAGGAGAUUCAAUAACAAUGAUUGACUACAUGAUGUGGCCAUGGUAUGAAAGGAUGGAGAUGAUGGACCUGAAGCACUGCUUGGACGGCACUCCUCAGCUGAAGAAGUGGACUGAACACAUGCUGGAGGAUCCUGCUGUACAAGCCACAAUGUUCAGCACAGACACCUACAAGGUGUUCUACAAAUCCUACAUGGAAGGAACCCCCGAUUAUGAUUAUGGUUUAUAGGAUAAAUCAUUGUUCUCUGGUAAAACACACGUCUGUUUUAACAGAAAACAUUUCAGAUGGUAUGUUAAUAUCCGUCCAUCUUUUAUACUGUGAUCCUGAUUAAUAUAAAAAGAGGAUUUCAUGCCUGAUACAUCAUUCUUUAUGUCCCUUUGACUUGUGGUUUGUAUAUCAAAAACAUAAAUCUAAACCUUUGAUCUUAAAAUCUUAUAUAACUGGUAGGGUUAUAGUGCCUGAGUGAUUUUUUUUUUUUUUUA